CAGAGAUAUACUCCUUUGAAACACAUUCUCAAUGGAAUUAUGAGUGUUACAACAAUUUUACUGGCGGAAGUCGGAGCAAAGAUAAGUGGCGGUACAAAUAGGAAAUCGUUCAACUUGCUAUACAGCGCAUCCAAAACGGUAGAUGUAGACGAGUUUCAUGUUAAAUGCGACGCAAAGGGCCCAACCGUGACCCUUUUGUAUGGAAAGUUCAACACCUUGUUUGGUGGCUAUACCUCCAAAAACUGGACUUCAACUGAUAAUCAAACAAAGGAAGAUAAUGCUGCUUUCUUGUUUUACAAAGAUGAAAGUCCUGGGGCGAUAUGCAAAUUUCUGCCAAUUAAAAAGGGCAAAGCACAUAAAGCUGUAACAUGUGAUGCAAGCUUUGGUCCAACAUUCGGCGGAGGCUCUAAGAAAAAAUACGACCUUCAAGUAUUCAAAAAGGACAUUGACGCCCAGCCGAACGAUUCAGGCAAUUUUAUGCAUCUUAACGGGACUUUGAAAGUUGGACGAGCAUAUGAAGAAGAAAUAACAGAUGGAAUUGUUGGCAAAAAAAGAGACAAGACACCCGAUAUUAAUUCGGGAAAAUUGAUAGUAGCACGUGUUGAAGUGUACCAAGUGGUAGAUGACGAAUUAAACGACGACUGGAAAUGGAAACCAAAGGAUAAAGACUGCAAUGAUAUGAAAACGGAGCUCAUAGAAAUGGAACAACCGGGGCUAAAUGUAAAACAGUACAACAUACUACUCGUUGGUGUGAUUGGUUCUGGUAAAUCUAGCUUCUACAACACUCUAGCAACCAUUUUCUCUGGAAAAGUUACACAUCCUGCCGUGACAAGAGCUUCUCCAACAAGUGUCACAAAUAAGGUAGAAAACUACGACCUGAAAUCAGAAAACGGUACAAAAUUAAAAAUACGAAUUACUGACAUUCGAGGAUUUGAAGAUAAGAGAGGUCUUACAGGAGAGCUUGAGUGUCUGCUAAAUGGCAAGCUACCAACUGAUUAUCAAUUUACAGCUAAACCAGGAGCCUUCGAGAAUGACCUACGAACAAAUGUGACAUUAAAUGACGAAAUUCAUCUUGUUUGCUUCGUUUCCGGCAAUACAAACUUUGAUGCACUCCCGAUAACGCUUCGCGAACACAUUGACGCUAUCAAAGAGAUAAUCAAUAAUAAAGGCUUACCAACUGCUGUUAUAGUAACCAAAUGUGACGAGUUAUGCCCACUUUUAUCGGAAAAUGUUGACCAUGUCUACAAAUGUUCAAAAGCCAGAGAUUCUGUGAAAAAAGUAGCUGAAUUCUAUGGAGAAGCUAAGACAAAGGUUUUUCCGGUUGUCAAUUACGUCGAUAAGGAGAAAACCGAUAUCGGAAUUGACAGAUUGGCUGUCCAAGCUUUGCAUGGAAUGUACAAGUUGGUGCAGGCCUACUUACGUGAACAUAAAGGCAUGAAGAGAAAGUCAGAUGGAUGGGAAAGUCGAGGGACAAAAGUAUCUGAUUUGUGUAAGCCGAAUGCAAAGGAAGACGUACUGAUGGGAUUACAGCAAGAAAUGUCAAAGCUUCAAGACAGGAAACUACGUGUUCUUUUAGUUGGACCAGUAAACGCUGGAAAAUCAAGUUUUAUUGAUUUAAUUAAUAAAAAUAUUCAAAGGUGUCGCUCUUUGAAGAAACAUUGCUUUGACAAACAAAUUUAG